AUGCACCCGGAAAAAGCCCCAGGACCAGAUGGAAUGACAGCUCUCUUCUACCAGAAGUUUUGGGAUAUUGUCAAAGAUGAUUUAACUCGUAUGGUUAAUGAAUUCCAUUUCGAAGGGACAAUGGCACAGGGCUUUAAUGACACGAAUAUCUUCUUGAUCCCUAAGACGACAAAGCCGGAUGAGAUGACACAAUUUAGACCUAUCAGUCUAUGUAAUGUCAGCUACAAGAUAAUAUCUAAGGUCUUAUGCCAAAGAUUAAAGAAGGUUCUCCCACAACGGAUAUCUGAGACCCAGUCGGCCUUCGUUGCUGGUAGACAUAUCACAGAUAAUAUCAUGAUAACCCAGGAGAUGUUUCACGCUUUGAGAACAAAACCGGCAGGUCGAGUAAAGAGGAUGGCCAUAAAAACUGGUAUGAGUAAAGCAUAUGAUAGGAUGGAAUGGUCAUUCAUUGAGGCAGUCAUGAGAAAGAUGGGUUUUUCGGAGAUAUGGAUUGGCUGGAUUAUGAGAUGCAUCAUCUCGGUCAAGUAUAAAGUUCUCAUGAAUGGAGAACCAAGGGGAAAUAUUGUCCCUGGGAGAGAGAAUCAAGGGAAAAUAAUGGGGAUGCGAGUCGCACGCGCUAUCCCCUCGGUAUCACACCUUCUCUUUGCUGAUAAUAGCAUGAUUCCAGCGAAUGAUCGACAACAGAUUAAAGAUACACUUGGUAUCCAAAACGAAGGUGGGAUGGGUUCCUACUUAGGAAUCCCAGAAGAUAUUAGUGGAUCAAAGUGUAAACUUUUUGCUUUCUUAAAGGAGAAACUAUUACACAGAGUGAAUGGUUGGACUGGUAGAUGGUUGUCCAAGGGAGGAAAAGAAGUCUUAAUCAAAUCUAUCUUGUUAGUUCUUCCGACUUAUGUCAUGUCCAGUUUCCUGCUACCUUUGGAGAUAUGUGAGAAUCUAGCAAGUGCCAUUGCACAAUUCUGGUGGAGCUCGAAUCCGCCAAAAAGAGGUAUUUACUGGGCAAAGUGGGAAAAGAUGUGUGCUCCUCGAGAGGAGGGAGGAAUUGGGUUCCGCAUGAUCCAUGAAUUUAAUCUAGCUCUCUUAGCCAAGCAGCUUUGGCGUCUUGUUCAGUUUCCAGACUCAUUAGUAGCGAGAGUUCUUCGGGGAAAGUACUAUCGUCUAAGCUCGCCUUUGCAAGCAGGCAGAGUGGAUUCUCCAUCGUAUGUAUGGACGAGCAUUAUAGAUGCGAGGAAGUUAUUGCUCUUGGAUAUCAGAAGCAAAGUGCACUCAGGAUAUGAAAUUAUUGUAUGGGAAGAUCCUUGGAUUCCUUUGACGCCAGCAAGACCGGCUCGUUCCCGGGUUCCAGUAGUUAACCCAAAGAUGACUGUCAGUAGUCUCAUUAAUUUCAAAACAAAGGAGUGGGAUGCUCGAUUAUUGGAACAAUAUGUAGAUCAAGAAGAUAUACAGAUGAUUCAGAGUUUGGCAAUAAGCCCUACUCAUAGACGAGAUACAUUCUGCUGGAGCUACACUAAGAAUGGCCAAUAUACUGUCAAGUCAGGCUAUUGGGUUGCUACAAAUUUGAUGAGGGAAAACGAGGAUGCUGAAGUUAUUCAACCUAGCUUAACCAAACUCCAAGCCUUUGCUUGGUUAGUAAACGCGCCACAAAAGAUUUGUCAUCUUAUAUGGCUAUUAAUUUUUGGACAGGUAGCGGUAACUAGGAAUCUGGUACGCCGUAAUAUGCGAUGUGAUAAUUAUUGUACGAGAUGUGGAGAGCCAGAAGAAUCUGUUACCCAUGCGAUCUUCGAAUGCCCACCGGCUGUACAGGUUUGGGCAUCAUCAACACCAUCGAGCCCCCAAAUCUUUCCGGUACCAAGUAUCUAUGCUAAUAUGGAUUACCUUUUUUGGAGGAAGAAUAAUAUUAUGAAGCCAAAGGAUGACAGAGAUCCUUAUCCUUGGAUAAUUUGGUAUAUCUGGAAAGCUAGAAAUGACAAGUUGUUUAGAGGCAUUGAUAGAGACCCUUUGGAGCUAGUAAAGUAUGCGGAGAGUGAGUGCCAAGCUUGGUACAAUGCAAGGGAAACUACACAAAUCACUCCACAGGUACAGAUUGCUGAAGAUACACAGGCCUUAAGCUUGAGUAAUAUUUGUAUGGUGGAUGGUUCAUGGACCUCCACAUCUCAGUUUAGUGGAAUGGGAUGGGUUUGGAAGGAUAUCAGGGGAAAUGUUCAGCUCAUGGGAACAAGGAAUCUAAGGAGGCGUGAGACACCUUUACACUCGGAAUCGGAAGCGCUACGUUGGGCAAUGGAGAGCAUUAUACAACACUCGACCUGCCAGAGAUUUGGGACAGAUUGCAAGGACCUGAUUGCAAUGAUAGAGCAACCACAAGCAUGGCCCAACUUCUCAACUGAGCUGGAAAUCAUUCAAACUCUUCGGUUGUGUUUUUCGGACUUCAAGAUCAGUUAUCUCCCAAGGACACAAAAUGCGAUUGCUGAUUCGUUAGCUAGGAAUGCACGAAAACUUGAGAUGAACAUGUUUCAGAAAAUGGUGAUUUUCUCUCAACUUGUAGAUUGA